AUGAGUACAGGUGAUAUUUUUGGGAUUUGUUUUGCUUGCUUAUUCGUGUUACUUUAUGUGGCCAUUUUGGUUUGUCUUCAUUGCUUUGGAAAGAUUUACAGAUUGACUUUUCCAAGUCCUACUCCUAUGUAUACUGAAAAAUUUUUUGGAGAAAAGCUUAAAUAUGCAAAUGUAUACAAUUCAUAGGGUAUUUUCAUAACUGAACUCAAUUGUAGUUAAUUUAAAGAGUGACUAGUUGUUAAACUCCUAUGAUUUACAGAGGGUGAGAGCCAUACCUUAUGUCUACUUAAAGAACAAAUAUUCAGAAACAAGUAAUUAUUUACUUUAUUUUCAUGGGAACGCUGAGGACAUGUAAGCAACACGUUUUUUUAUGAAUAGGUAGGCUGCAUCUCAGUUUAUGGAGUAAUUGAUGAAAACGAUCAAUGCAAACAUCUUUGUUGUAGAAUAUCCAGGGUAUGGAGUGUAUGGAAUGUAGAAGAAUAUGAAUAGCAAUAUGAUUGAAGAGGAUGCACUGAUAUUGUAUGAUCAUAUAAAAAAGACUCAGAAAUUGCAGGAUAAUCAAAUUUAUGUUUUUGGAAGGUAUAAAGCAAUGAUGAAAUUUAGAUCAAUAGGAACAGGCCCUGCAUUUUAUGUUGCCAGUGUUAGAAAUGCCAAGGGUUUGAUAGUAAUGUCGAGCUACAAGUCCUUCAAAGCAAUAGUAUAAGAUUUCUGUUGUGGAUUUGGUAUUGUCAUCGCUUUUUUAUUCUGCCUACCAAAUUUCUUUAACAAUCAGGAGAGAUCAUAACAAGUCAAAUGCCCAAUAGUUUUCAUCCAUGGAUAGCUUGACAAGUUGAUUAAACCAAGCCAUUCAAAUUAGUUGUACCUUAAGUAAACAAUAUAAAAACUUUAGUUUAGUUUGCCCUUAAUCAUACAAAACAAAUCUCAGCUAUUCUUAAGGGAGAGGAUGAGCCAUAAUGAUUUUGAUAUUGAUACUGAUAUAGCUAGUCCAAUUUUAGACAUAUUUUCAGAACUUAGAUAUCCAAAAUUUUGA